AUGUCCAUUCCCGAGAUUCAAUGGGCGCAAGUGGCCGAGAAGGUUGGAGGUCCACUGGUGUACAAGCAAAUUCCGGUUCCAAAGCCUGGUCCUGAUCAGAUUCUUGUGAAAAUUCGCUAUACUGGAGUUUGCCAUACCGACUUGCAUGCCAUGAUGGGCCAUUGGCCGAUUCCGGUCAAAAUGCCUUUGGUGGGAGGACACGAAGGUGCUGGAGUGGUUGUAGCCAAGGGCUCUUUGGUCGAAGGAUUUGAAAUUGGUGACCACGCUGGUAUCAAAUGGUUGAAUGGAUCGUGCAACGAGUGUGAAUUUUGCCGUCAAUCAGACGACCCAUUGUGUGCCCAUGCACAGCUCUCUGGGUAUACUGUGGAUGGGACUUUCCAGCAGUACGCUGUUGGUAAGGCUACUCAUGCCUCAAAAAUCCCGAAGGGUGUUCCUCUGGAUGCAGCUGCCCCAGUUCUCUGUGCCGGCAUUACCGUCUACAAGGGCCUGAAGGAAUCCGGAGUUCGUCCCGGUCAGACAGUUGCAAUUGUUGGAGCUGGAGGUGGUCUUGGGUCCCUUGCUCAGCAGUAUGCUAAGGCCAUGGGAAUCAGAGUAGUGGCGGUAGAUGGAGGUGAUGAAAAGAAAGCCAUGUGUGAGCAGCUCGGUACUGAGACUUAUGUUGACUUUACAAAGUCCAAGGACCUUGUUGCUGAUGUAAAGGCUGCAACUCCCGAUGGCCUCGGAGCUCAUGCGGUUAUCCUCUUGGCAGUUUCCGAAAAGCCCUUCCAACAGGCUACUGAAUAUGUCCGCUCCCGUGGAACGAUCAUAGCUAUAGGAUUGCCACCAGAUGCGUACCUGAAGGCCCCAGUUAUAAACACUGUUGUUCGCAUGAUCAGUAUCAAGGGAAGCUAUGUUGGAAAUAAGCAAGAUGGUGUGGAAGCUCUCGACUUCUUCGCACGAGGCUUGAUCAAAGCCCCAUUCAAGCUGGCCCCUCUCAAGGAUCUCCCGAAGAUUUUCGAACUGAUGGAACAGGGAAAGAUUGCAGGUCGAUAUGUUCUUGAAAUGCCAGAGUAG